AUGUGGGCAUGUGUACCUGAGAUUGAUAAGGCUGUGGUGACUAACCAUGGACUAACUAACUGUGUAGAUAAGGCUGUGGUGACUAACCAUGGACUAACUAACUGUGUAGAUAAGGCUGUGGUGACUAACCAUGGACUAACUAACUGUGUAGAUAAGGCUGUGGUGACUAACCAUGCACUAACUAACUGUGUAGAUAAGGCUGUGGUGACUAACCAUGGACUAACUAACUGUGUAGAUAAGGCUGUGGUGACUAACCAUGGACUAACUAACUGUGUAGAUAAGGCUGUGGUGACUAACCAUGGACUAACUAACUGUGUAGAUAAGGCUGUGGUGACUAACCAUGGACUAACUAACUGUGUAGAUAAGGCUGUGGUGACUAACCAUGGACUAACUAACUGUGUAGAUAAGGCUGUGGUGACUAACCAUGGACUAACUAACUGUGUAGAUAAGGCUGUGGUGACUAACCAUGCACUAACUAACUGUGUAGAUAAGGCUGUGGUGACUAACCAUGGACUAACUAACUGUGUAGAUAAGGCUGUGGUGACUAACCAUGGACUAACUAACUGUGUAGAUAAGGCUGUGGUGACUAACCAUGGACUAACUAACUGUGUAGAUAAGGCUGUGGUGACUAAUCAUGGACUAACUAACUGUGUAGAUAAGGCUGUGGUGACUAACCAUGCACUAACUAACUGUGUAGAUAAGGCUGUGGUGACUAACCAUGGACUAACUAACUGUGUAGAUAAGGCUGUGGUGACUAACCAUGGACUAACUAACUGUGUAGAUAAGGCUGUGGUGACUAACCAUGGACUAACUAACUGUGUAGAUAAGGCUGUGGUGACUAACCAUGGACUAACUAACUGUGUAGAUAAGGCUGUGGUGACUAACCAUGGACUAACUAACUGUGUAGAUAAGGCUGUGGUGACUAACCAUGGACUAACUAACUGUGUAGAUAAGGCUGUGGUGACUAACCAUGGACUAACUAACUGUGUAGAUAAGGCUGUGGUGACUAAUCAUGGACUAACUAACUGUGUAGAUAAGGCUGUGGUGACUAACCAUGGACUAACUAACUGUGUAGAUAAGGCUGUGGUGACUAACCAUGGACUAACUAACUGUGUAGAUAAGGCUGUGGUGACUAACCAUGGACUAACUAACUGUGUAGAUAAGGCUGUGGCUGUGGUGACUAACCAUGGACUAACUAACUGUGUAGAUAAGGCUGUGGUGACUAACCAUGGACUAACUAACUGUGUAGAUAAGGCUGUGGUGACUAACCAUGGACUAACUAACUGUGUAGAUAAGGCUGUGGUGACUAACGAUGGACUAACUAACUGUGUAGAUAAAGCUGUGGUGACUAACCAUGGACUAACUAACUGUGUAGAUAAGGCUGUGGUGACUAACCAUGGACUAACUAACUGUGUAGAUAAAGCUGUGGUGACUAACCAUGGACUAACUAACUGUGUCGAUAAGGCUGUGGUGACUAAUCAUGGACUAACUAACUGUGUAGAUAAGGCUGUGGUGACUAACCAUGGACUAACUAACUGUGUAGAUAAGGCUGUGGUGACUAACCAUGGACUAACUAACUGUGUAGAUAAGGCUGUGGUGACUAACCAUGGACUAACUAACUGUGUAGAUAAGGCUGUGGUGACUAACCAUGCACUAACUAACUGUGUAGAUAAGGCUGUGGUGACUAACCAUGGACUAACUAACUGUGUAGAUAAGGCUGUGGUGACUAACCAUGGACUAACUAACUGUGUAGAUAAGGCUGUGGUGACUAACCAUGGACUAACUAACUGUGUAGAUAAGGCUGUGGUGACUAAUCAUGGACUAAAUAACUGUGUAGAUAAGGCUGUGGUGACUAACCAUGCACUAACUAACUGUGUAGAUAAGGCUGUGGUGACUAACCAUGGACUAACUAACUGUGUAGAUAAGGCUGUGGUGACUAACCAUGGACUAACUAACUGUGUAGAUAAGGCUGUGGUGACUAACCAUGGACUAACUAACUGUGUAGAUAAGGCUGUGGUGACUAACCAUGGACUAACUAACUGUGUAGAUAAGGCUGUGGUGACUAACCAUGGACUAACUAACUGUGUAGAUAAGGCUGUGGUGACUAACCAUGCACUAACUAACUGUGUAGAUAAGGCUGUGGUGACUAACCAUGGACUAACUAACUGUGUAGAUAAGGCUGUGGUGACUAACCAUGGACUAACUAACUGUGUAGAUAAGGCUGUGGUGACUAACCAUGGACUAACUAACUGUGUAGAUAAGGCUGUGGUGACUAAUCAUGGACUAACUAACUGUGUAGAUAAGGCUGUGGUGACUAACCAUGGACUAACUAACUGUGUAGAUAAGGCUGUGGUGACUAACCAUGGACUAACUAACUGUGUAGAUAAGGCUGUGGUGACUAUCCAUGGACUAACUAACUGUGUAGAUAAGGCUGUGGUGACUAACCAUGGACUAACUAACUAUAAGGCUGUGGUGACUAACCAUGGACUAACUAACUGUGUAGAUAAGGCUGUGGUGACUAACCAUGGACUAACUAACUGUGUAGAUAAAGCUGUGGUGACUAAUCAUGGACUAACUAACUGUGUAGAUAAGGCUGUGGUGACUAAUCAUGGACUAACUAACUGUGUAGAUAAGGCUGUGGUGACUAACCAUGGACUAACUAACUGUGUAGAUAAGGCUGUGGUGACUAACCAUGGACUAACUAACUGUGUAGAUAAGGCUGUGGUGACUAACCAUGCACUAACUAACUGUGUAGAUAAGGCUGUGGUGACUAACCAUGGACUAACUAACUGUGUAGAUAAGGCUGUGGUGACUAACCAUGGACUAACUAACUGUGUAGAUAAGGCUGUGGUGACUAACCAUGGACUAACUAACUGUGUAGAUAAGGCUGUGGUGACUAACCAUGGACUAACUAACUGUGUAGAUAAGGCUGUGGUGACUAAUCAUGGACUAACUAACUGUGUAGAUAAGGCUGUGGUGACUAACCAUGGACUAACUAACUGUGUAGAUAAGGCUGUGGUGACUAACCAUGGACUAACUAACUGUGUAGAUAAGGCUGUGGUGACUAACCAUGGACUAACUAACUGUGUAGAUAAGGCUGUGGUGACUAACCAUGGACUAACUAACUGUGUAGAUAAGGCUGUGGUGACUAACCAUGCACUAACUAACUGUGUAGAUAAGGCUGUGGUGACUAACCAUGGACUAACUAACUGUGUAGAUAAGGCUGUGGUGACUAACCAUGGACUAACUAACUGUGUAGAUAAGGCUGUGGUGACUAACCAUGGACUAACUGUGUAG